CCGUCAUUCAGAUAACCCGGACGUGAAGCCGCUCCGUAGACAAAUAUCCGAUACGGUAAAACAGCUUACCUUCAAAACAAAGAUCUCUUUCUGUAUCAUUGAAAAUCAAAACUUAUAGACGCACUCCACACAAUCUGUGAAGCUGAGAACUUCUGUUGGAGGGAGAGAAAGACACGUGAUGCCACAUCUCUGCCUCAUCACCAAUAGAUUGUAAAACUAAUGAACUGGACGGCAUACUGAAAAACACCUCAAGGUUCUGCCUGCAUUCCCUUUAUAUUUCUCUGGGUUACGCUGAACACGAGUGUGUGCCCGGAUCCUGGCGGCGGCUGUGAAAAACACAUGCGUGCAUGAGCGUUAUUUGCUUUUGAGUGAGUAAUCACGUGUGUGUGCUUUGUCGGGGACGUCCUGCGGUGGCUGGCGUAGUGACCCUCCCCCUACUCCACCCCCAACGCUCAAAACUGGCGAUGUCCAGGGUGCCGAGUCCUCCGCCUCCUGCAGAAAUGACCAGCGGCCCUGUGGCCGAAAGCUGGUGUUACACACAGAUCAAAGUGGUUAAGUUCUCCUAUAUGUGGACCAUCAACAACUUCAGCUUCUGCCGGGAGGAGAUGGGCGAGGUCAUCAAAAGCUCCACCUUCUCCUCGGGGGCCAAUGACAAGCUUAAAUGGUGUUUGAGAGUGAAUCCAAAAGGUCUGGAUGAAGAGAGUAAAGAUUAUCUGUCACUCUAUCUGCUCCUGGUCAGCUGUCCUAAGAGCGAGGUUCGGGCGAAAUUCAAGUUCUCCAUCCUUAAUGCCAAGGGCGAGGAAACCAAAGCUAUGGAGAGCCAGCGGGCGUAUCGCUUCGUACAAGGAAAAGACUGGGGGUUCAAGAAGUUCAUAAGGCGAGACUUCCUCCUCGAUGAGGCCAACGGGCUGCUGCCUGAUGACAAAUUGACACUCUUCUGUGAGGUGAGUGUGGUGCAGGACUCUGUGAACAUCUCUGGUCAGAACACCAUGAACAUGGUGAAGGUUCCUGACUGCCGGCUGGCAGAUGAACUGGGUGGACUGUGGGAACAUUCCAGAUUCACGGACUGCUCGCUGUGUGUCGCAGGGCAGGAGUUCCAGGCACACAAAGCCAUACUGAACCGAGUUGAGAUAAACGACGUGGAGGCUGAGGUCUUUAAAGAGAUGAUGUUCUUCAUCUACACUGGCAAAGCACCCAACCUGGACAAGAUGGCUGAUGACCUGCUCGCUGCUGCUGACAAGUAUGCUCUAGAGCGGCUGAAGGUGAUGUGUGAAGAUGCUUUGUGCACCAGUCUGUCUGUGGAAAACGCAGCAGAGAUUCUGAUCUUGGCCGAUCUGCACAGCGCUGACCAGCUGAAGACACAGGCUGUCGACUUCAUCAACUAGUGAGUGCUACUCCUGUCA